GAGAGGUGCAACCAGGCAGACUGACUGAAGCGAGCGUGUAUGUGCAGACUGGUAAGAGUAAAUGCACUGGGCAGCAUAGCUGUUGAUACAGCCAGAGAGAGCGAGAGAGAGAGAGAGAGAGAGAGAGAGAGAGAGAGAGCGAGAGAGAGAGAGAGAGAGAGAGAGAGAGAAAGUGUGUGUGUGUGCACAAAAUCGAGCGAGAGAGAGGGAGAGAGAGAGAGGGGUGAGAGAAGAAGAGAAAAGAAGGAAAAGGGAAAGAAAGAAGCAGAGAAGAAAAAGGGAGGAUUCUACGACAACAACUAUGCUGUGCUGCAUAAGAAGAACCAAACCGGUGGAGAAAAAUGAGGAUGUGGACCAGAAGAUUGAACAGGAUGGGACCACCAACAAACCUGAAGACAAGGCUCACAAGGCUGCGACCAAAAUACAGGCCAGCUUCCGUGGACACAUAACUCGGAAAAAGAUGAAAGAUGGAGAGGACGAGAAGGAUGGAGACAAUCCUGCUGCUGCAGAAGAAGCGACAGAAGGUGGCGAGGAGGUGAAGAAAGCAGAAGGAUCCCCAGCUGAGGAGGGGGACGCUGCAGAAGAGAAGGGAAAAAAGGAAGAGGAAACGAGCCAAGCCAAAAGCCCAGUGGCAGAAAAGCCUGCUAACUCACCAGCAGCCGCCGCUCCCUCUCCUGCAGGAGCGGCAACGUCUCCUACAGGGGCAGCACCUGCCGCUGUCUCCGCCACAGCGUCCUCCGAGCCCCCCAAAGAGGAGCCGAAGGCCGAGGAGAAAGCUGAAGUGAAGCCCAAAGAGGUGGAGGCACCGGCUGCAGCAGUCAAGAGUCCCACCACAGCCACAGUCGAGGAGAAGGUUGAGGAGACAGAGGAGGAGGCCAGACAAGCCGCCGUGCCUGCUGCUGCCAGCGCGGCAGCUGAGAAGGAGGAGCUCGACCAAACAAAAGAUAAAGAUGCUGCGGAGGAGUCUAAAGCAGAGGGCGAUACCCCAGUAGAUGCAGCCGCAGAGGCCACCGAGUCCAAGGAUGACUGAGGCAAAGUCAAACCUCCAAAAAGAAGAAUUAAGAGAAUGAAGAAAAACAGAAAAACAAAAAUCUAAAAAGGUUGCUCUUUGUCUUCCCCGUGCGAAGGCAGUCCGUUUUUAUUUGUUUGUCAUUUUUUGUGUGGCAAUGAUUUUCUCAUGUUGGGGGAGUUUCCAGUGUGAAGUUUUUUGGCUCAAGCUUAUACUAUGAUGAUGUGGUGAUGAUGUUGUUGUUGUUGAAGAUUCUGAAAUAUGAUUGUUAUGCUGAUGAGGAGAACGAUUUGAUUUCUAGCAUCUCUUGCUAUGUAUUGUAGAGGGUUUGGCUGUGGAUUAUUAAAUGCCCAACUGGAUAUGUACACUUUUAAUAUGCAUAGCAAAUGAAUUCAACUUUAUUUGCUUUGCAAUGCCCUUUCUUACACAUUGCAGACAAAAUCUGUACUCCUACCAGUGCACGCACAUAAAAGCUGGUUUUAACAUGCAACUCAAGUUUUCCAUACAGUACAAGUGUAUCGAAAACAUAAAACAAGUGUAUUGAAAACACAUAUCAAAAGAAUGUAAACUUAAAUGUGUACCAUUUCCAGUUGGGGCGCUGUAUACUACAACAUAUAGGACAAUACUCUUACUCACACUCUUCUCUGCUUGAGUCAUUCAAGUUUGAAUAACACACCUUUUACAAACUGUCUUUACCCUCAUUUGCAGAAAAGGACCUGUUGCCAUUGAAAUGCUGUGAUCAUAUAAUAAACUUUAGAAAUAUGCCGUAGUAUUAUUACAUGAAAAUUUAUAUUCUGCCAACCAAAUACGAGAGCAGUAGCAUGAACCAUCGAACCAGAUGCAUGAUGGGAACUCUCCCUCUGAGAGGAACUUUUUUCGCAUUUACAGAAACUUAAGAGGUGUGGCGGCUUCUUUUUGAUGUCUUUGGUGUUGUCAUGACAGUUUAUAUGAAUUCGGAUAAAACUCUUAACAGAUGUUAAGAAAAAUACAUAAAAAAAGAUUAACACACAAAUGAGCAAACAAACAAACAAACAAAAAACCUUUCCUAUAUUCCAGUGAGUGCAAUGUCCAGUUUCAACCUAACAAAGAGUUCCAACUUGUGAAGAAAAAAAAAAAAAUUACAAAUGGUUUCAAUGUCUGUUUUCAAAAUAAAGCAAAUGUGCCAAUUACCAACA